UUGACUGGACACAUUACUGUAUUUAUAUUUAUCAUUCUGUCAUUUAUUGUUUUGCACUGUCUACUCGCGUGUGGUGUUAGCGACCGAGCAGUCGAGGAUCUAAUGGUGAAGAAGUUCCAUAUACGCUAACAUGCCUAAAUGCCCAGCUUUGCAAAGUAUUCCAGAGACAACAACGAGAGCGCUCGAGAAGAAUUAUUGCUGAACGGAUACCACACCUCUUCAUCUUGUAGCGACACCCCAACCACUCGGAUUUUACUUUUCACAAGACUUCCACUUAUUUAUUGUGUUUAUUCUUAUUUUUUUCCUGACUGAACGGAUAUGUGAAAAAAUCACCCCGGAAGGUGUUGCCAAGUGAAGUGUUGACAAGAGCUUACGAGUGAAGUUUUCAAACUUUUUCUUCUUGUUGUGGCGGUUCCUGUCAAGUCAUUGGAGAAGGCAAAAUGGAUCAAGCCAGCGGUGGUGACGACCCCAAUAAACCUUCGAAAAAGAGGUCCAGCGAAGAUGAAGGCAGAAACAAAAAGCUGAACAUACACAUAAAAACAUUGGCUGAUGAUAUGCGCGAUCGCAUUACCAGUUUCCGAAAGACAGGAACGAAGAAGGAGAAGCCGCUCAUACAGCACCCCACGGACCCCCUCUCCAUCCACACCGAACUGCCCAUCCCUCAGCCCCUUUUCGACGACCGUUCAAAGAACCUCUCAGAAAAGGAGAUCAUUGACCUCUUUGAGAAGAUGAUGGAGGACAUGAAUCUGAAUGAAGAGCGAAAGGCGCCUCUACGCGGGAAGGACUUGAGCACCAAACGGGAGAUGGUAGUUCAAUACAUCUCUGCCACUGCCAAAUCUAUAACUGGGAGCAAAGUGGCGGGAGGACUGAGGAACAGCAAGCAUGAAUGUACGCUCUCAUCCCAGGAAUAUGUCCAUGAGCUUCGUUCUGGUAUCACAGAAGAAAAACUGCUCAAUUGCCUGGAGUCGCUUCGGGUUUCUCUCACCAGUAACCCAGUCAGUUGGGUGAAUAACUUUGGUCAUGAGGGUCUUGGACUUCUUCUGGAUGCACUGGAGAAGCUUUUGGAUAAGAAACAGCAAGAGAUCAUUGAUAAACGGAAUCAGCAUAAACUUAUUCAAUGCUUGAAAGCUUUCAUGAACAACAAGUAUGGGCUGCAAAGGAUCCUGGGAGAUGAGCGCAGCCUAUUGUUACUGGCGAGAUCCAUCGACCCCAAACAGACCAGCAUGAUGACCGAGACUGUCAAGAUCCUGUCGGCCUUCUGUAUCAUCGGCGAGGAAAACAUCUUGGAUAAGAUUCUGGCCGCCAUGACAAUUGCUGCAGAGCGGAAUAAUAAGGGGAGAUUUGCUCCAAUUGUUGAAGGACUGGAGAACCACGAUGCCCAACAGCUUCAGGUUGCCUGCAUGCAGCUCAUCAAUGCGUUAGUUACUUCCCCGGAUGACUUGGACUUCCGGAUACAUCUGCGAAAUGAGUUCCUAAGAUGUGGCCUCAAAAAGAUCCUUCCUGAGCUCAAAGAAACGGAAGAGCUGGACAUCCAGCUCAAGGUGUUCAAUGAGAACAAGGAGGAGGACUCCAUCGAACUCUCCCAUCGCCUGGAUGACAUUCGGGCCGAGAUGGAUGACAUGAAUGAGGUGUAUCAUCUCUUAUCCAACAUGGUGAAAGACACGGGUUCCGAGGCCUACUUCCUGUCCAUUCUGCAGCACCUCCUGCUCAUCCGGAACGACUACUACAUCAGGCCUCAGUACUACAAGGUGAUUGAAGAAUGCAUCUCGCAGGUGGUCUUGCAUCGAAGUGGUAUGGACCCCGACUUUGGCUACAGUCGCCGAUUAGAUGUGGACUUCACCCAUUUGAUUGAUCAGUGUGUAGACAAAUCCAAAGUUGAAGAGAGCGAGCAGAAAGCUGCCGAGUACUCCAAAAAGUUUGACGAGGAGUUCAGCGCACGGCAGGAGGCCCAGGCUGAGUCUCAAAAGAAAGAGGAGAAAAUCAAAGAGUUGGAAGGGAAGAUCCAGGCCCUGGAGUCUCAGAUUGCAGCUGGUCCAGCUGCGCCCGGAGCACCACCUCUGCCACCGCAACCGGGAGGUGCUGCGGCACCCGCUCCUCCACCUCCUCCCCCGCUUCCCCCAGGUCGCUGUCCUCCACCACCGCCGCCUCCUCCUCCCGGCCAUGCCAGCGGUCCACCGCCUCCGCCGCCGCCUCCUCCAGGCGGGGGGCCUCCACCUCCACCGCCGCCACCCGGGUGUGGGCCUCCACCGCCUCCACCUUUUUUUGGGGGCCCGGGCGCACCUCCUCCGCCUCCUUCAAUGCCUGUCCUCAAACUGCCAUAUGGACUUCAGCCCAAGAAGCUUUACAAGCCUGAGUCCGUGAUGAAGAGAGUCAACUGGAAUAAGAUAGUGCCGCAGGAAAUGGCGGAGAAUUGCAUCUGGAUCAAAGUGAAAGAGGAGAAGUUUGAGAAUCCUGACCUGUUUUCUCAGCUCUCCCACUGCUUCUCGUCACAGAGCAAAGUGAGGAAAGAUCCCAAAGACGAGACUGACGACAGAAUGACACAGUUUAAGAAGAAAGCAAAGGAGCUUCGCAUUUUGGACCCCAAGACCGCACAGAAUCUAUCAAUUUUCUUGGGCUCGUUCCGCCUGCCUUAUGAAGAGAUCCGAGAAAUUGUGCUUCAGGUGGACGAGGAACGACUGAGCGAGUCACUCAUCCAGAACCUGAUAAAAAAUCUGCCGGAGCAGAACGAGCUGUCAUCAUUAGCGGAACUUAAGGCUGAAUAUGAAGAGCUGGUGGAGUCGGAGCAGUUUGGCAUUGUGAUGAGUUCAGUCAAGCUCCUGCGGCCGCGUCUCAAUGGCAUCCUUUUCAAGUUAACCUUCGAGGAGCAAGUGAACAACAUUCGUCCCGACAUAAUGAACGUGACGUUUGCCUGCGAGGAGGUAAAAAAGAGCGAAGGCUUCAGGAAACUGCUGGAGUUGGUGCUGCUGGUCGGCAACUACAUGAACGCCGGCUCCAGGAAUGCCCAAACAUUUGGUUUCAACGUCAACUUCCUCUGCAAGCUUCGAGAUACCAAAUCAAUCAGUCAAAACACAACGCUUCUUCAUUUUUUGGCUGAGAAAUGUGACGAGACAUACCCAGAGAUUUUGAGGUUUCCAGAAGAACUUGAGCAUGUGGAGAGUGCCAGCAAAGUCUCUGCUGAAAUCCUCAAAAGCAGUCUGGCCACCAUGGAGCGUCACAUCGUGAGGCUGGAGAACGACAUUGAAAACUUCCCCAAAAGUGACGACACGCAAGAUAAGUUUGUGGAAAAAAUGUCCGGCUUCUGCAAGCUUUCACGGGAGCAGUACGAGAAGUUGUCAAUUAUGCACAAGAACAUGCAAAAGCUUUACGAGAACAUAGGUAGCUACUUCACCUUCGACCCGCAAGUCAUCAGUGUGGAGGACUUCUUCGGGGAGCUGUCCAACUUCCGCAUCCUCUUUUUGGAAGCUGUGAAGGAGAACCACAAGAAGAGGGAGAUGGAGGAGAAGAUCAAGAGAGCCAGGCUGGCGAAGGAAAAAGCUGAGCGCGAGAAGCAGGAGCGCCAGCAGAAGAAGAAGAAGCUGAUUGACAUGAACAAAGAAGGAGAUGAAACUGGAGUGAUGGACAGCCUGAUGGAAGCGCUGCAGUCCGGAGCAGCCUUCCGUGAUCGGCGAAAACGGAUGCCGCGCAAUGGUGAUCAAAGUCCUUCCAGUCCAAGUUCUCGGUGGCCGACUGCUAACUAUGGUUACAGAACCCUAGACAACCGGCGCGCAGUCCUCGAAAGGUCCCGCUCGCGCCACAACACGAACCACCAAGGCCGAUGAUGGACCCCACCUCACAGGCUUGCCACAUGAGCGCCAAAAAUCACCCGGAUGACUUCCCAACAACCCUGUCACUGUGUCGCAAAAAAGCAGCAUCAAGUCAUUCAUGCCUUAGACAUUUUCUGCUAGUCUUAAAAAAUACUGUAUUGUCCUCUUUCCAAUCAUAGGAAAAAAUAUGUUUUAAGGCUAAUGGUGCUACACGCCGCUUAUGAAAACACUUCCACCAAGGACAACAGCAUCAGCAUGUCAAAGAAGACUGACUGCUUUUAACAAAACGCCCCAUGGCUUUUUAAAAGGAAUUUCAACAGCCAAGUUGGAAGAAGCUGUAAACAGACAAACACAAGAUACUGACUGCAAACUGUGAGAGUCUGAGUUAUCCCGCAAAGCUACCAGAGUUGGCCACUGCCCACUCUGAUACUUCAUAGCAUGUGACACAGUUUUAGUUUGACGACAUACAUUAUAUUUUUUACUUUGCUGUUUACUUUGGCUUGACACAUUCCUUUCAACCCCAUUUUAUCAAGUCAGUUUUAUGGUAGAGUAUUCAUGUGAGGUUGUACGGUAAUUGCCAUAGCCUGCCAAGUGUGUGUGAUUGCUUUAAAGCCCCCUUUUGCAAUACGCUGUAUUUUUGGUUCCUUCUGGUGCUGGGAAAGGAAAGUGUUUGGAUGCCGCGAGUGUGAAUACAGUGAA